UUGCCUUUUUGGGACUAACCCACCAUACACAACAACUAUAGCCUGAUGGCUCUGGUACGCGAAUGCUCUCUGUCUGCCAUUGAACGUCCCAAGAUCAAUGGCUUCACGUUGUGUCCCGCAAAUCCACUCGGGGGGCUCAAUAUCUUGAGAUCUGACACUACAGAUCCAUGAUACAAAAUGAGAUCGACGCGUAUCAAGCAUCUCCCUAUGUCCUUGUACCAUUCUACUGUCCCGGGAAAAUUGGAAUGACUCUUGUUGAAUUUGGUAUGAUUUAUCACAGAUUUGAUGCAGCACAUAUAUCUACUGCUUUUGGCUAUUAUUUUCAAGCCAGGUUGGUGACCAAAGAUAUAUGGCCAGUUCUAUCUUAAGUCGAUAUUCUUACAGAACCUUCUCCGUAGUAAACAUGAACUUGAACGAGUGACUACUUGAUGAACUUUGUCCGAUGUUGGAAUUCGGCAUUGUGAAAGGUUCGGUUACAUACUACAACCAUUAGCGUCGAAAUGCACGUUUUCACACACACCUAGCUAUACUCGAGGUGAAAUAUAAGUCCUGUUCAGCACUUGAAACCAAGAUCCUUCACCUUCCAGGCAAACUUUCUACCCUCAAAAAAUCAACCCCUUCAUACCUGGGUAUCAACACAAUGUAUCCCCGUGAUCCCAACCGCUGGCGUAGCUUCAAUACUGGGCCAUCGCGUUCUGGUGGCGAUUUCUCUAGUAGAUCGCGCCCACGCGACCCUUUGCAACUGUAUCGUGAGGCUCGCGCUUAUGCUCAAGAUGCACGCAUGCGUCAAGCUCACCAGGAUCACGCCGGAUCCCAUCGUUAUGGAAUCCCUCGUGAAACUCGAUACGAACAGCCUAGGGCGGAUACUAGCCAAAACUACGACCCUCUGCGCCUAGCUAGGUCCCACCACCCAAUGAUGCACCCUCGCGAUGUUGAAUUCGGAUCUGAUAUACCUGACAUCUUUCCUUCUGGCUUCGUUGGUCCUUCCUUGUUCCGAGAUUCUCCAUUCGGAGACGCACCAUUCGGAGGUUCUCCCUUUGGUAGACCUUCCUUCGGUAGACCUCCCUUCAAUCAAUCAGCAGAUGCUGGACGCCCUAGAACUAUUCGACAAUCCGGUCCGGGCUGGGUGUCUGAAACUACGCACUUCGUCAAUGGCCAGCCACACCCUGAUAUGCACCACACAUCCCGCUCACACGCUUUUCGGGGAGAACACGGAGAUCAUUACCCUAAUGAACGUGAUCGUUCCCGGCCGUACGGAUCGCGACGACGUGCGACUCAUCCUGCUAACGUUGAUCCACGCUUUAGGCGCUACCAUCCAAAUGGCGAAUGGUUCUGUGAGAGGACCGGUAAAUGGUUCGACGUGGUUGAUGAUGCCGGUUCCGAUGGCGAGUAA